AUGUUAAAUAAAAUCAAAAUUGAUUCAGAAUCCCGCUUAAGCGAAGAAUAGAAAAUCAAAGAUCAUAGAAAGAAUGUUAUCAUACUUAUUCAAUGUUAUCUUGUGAAUUGUGGUUAUAUUGAAUCAGCAACAAAAUUAGGGUCAGAAUCAAAUUUAACAUUGAAUUAAGAUAAUGUAACAGAUAAUAUAGAUUUAUAUAUGAUACUAUAUCAAUUUGAAUAGUUUUAUGAAAUGAAAAUCAUGAAGCCUCAAAAAAAUGUUAAAAAGGGGGAUGGGCAAAGUAACUUGAAUUCCAAGUUCUGGAAUAAGCAGUAAUAAUAAAAGUAUUAAUUCCAAUAAUCAAAACACUACUGAUUCAAAUAAAAAAAGUACUUAAUAAUCAAAAGAAAAGGAUAAUAAUUAUAAAGAUGCAAAAAAUGAACCUGAUUUUUUUAAAUAAAAUAAUGACGAUACAAAUCAUAAAGAUUGGUUUGAUCAAAGAGUUUUAAAAGGAUUAACUAAUUAUUCUGACUAACAGCUUAUUUUUAAAGCGAUAUUUGUUCGGAAAAUCCAAAUGUGA